CCUUCAAAAACACCCCCUUUUGGGCAGGCAGGCGGCGCGGCUCUGCGGCUGCACACAGCCUGCACUCAGUUUCUCCUCAGUAAACAACAUCAGCACGGUAUGAUCUCUAACAGGAGACUUUAACACGGAAUAACUCCGGCAGCACUACAGCCUGCAGCUGCUGCGGCAAGACAAACGAGCCUGUUGUUUUAAAGUGCACCCCCGGAAGUGGGGCAUUUCUCCGUUAGCACACCGCAGUGGAGCUGAUGGCUGUUUAACACGGGUCAGAUUUUUAUAAAGCGGGUUAAAAUGUUCCGGCCUGAGUUUGGGUUUGGGCUUGGAGAGGAACAUUUGCACACUUUUGCUUGAGUGAUGGGUUGCUGUUGUCCGGGUUAGCCUGCUGGCUAAAAAACAAAAAAAAGAAAGAAAGAGAAAGUUGUUGUCUGUGACAAGUUAGCUAGCAUCAGGCUAACUGAAGUUAGCGCGAGACGCUGGCUAGCAGACUUCAGAGAUUUAGUUUGUGUUUGUUUUGGGAUGUGAUAUAUAUUUUUUUUCAUCGGUUUGUGUUUUUGUAUAUCACACACAGAUAAAGAAGCAGCUGAUCUGAUCAUUCAGACUGUCAUCUGGGUGUUGUUUUGUUGUUGUUGUUGUUGUUUUGUUGUUGUUGUUGAGCUGAAUCUGGAGGAGGAGGUGGAGGAGGUGGUGCAGGAGGGGGCGAAUACUUUUUCUCCCUCACUUUAUACACAGAAAUCACACUUUCAGACUUUGAUGCAUGAGAUUUAUAUUGAAAGAAGUGUCAGAGUGGAGUGAAGGUGAAGUAGGUGUCAGUGCUGUGAUGAAGCUGAUGAUGAAAUAAGAACUUUUUUGGAUUCUUAAAGAAAAACAAAAACAAAACAAAAUCAUCUGGCGGUUUUUCUCCUCAUCUCUGAUCCACAAGCUGCAGGAGAUGCAGAUGUGAGGGUCGGGUGAGGGGAAGAGCUGGCUGGGUUUUAGAGCUGUCACUUCUUCAGAGCUGAGAUCUGGCUCGGAGCUUUGGAGGAAGAGAAGGAAGUCUUCAUCACCACCUCCACCACCAUCAUCAUCUUCAUCAUCAUCAGUGUGUGUGUGAGAGAGAGAGAGAUGAUGGAUGUAGUAAACGUGCAGAAGAUGAGUCCUUUACCCCGAGAGCUCACUCGCGUCUUCAGCAGCUACAACAAAAGCUCAGCGCUGCUGAAGAAGAACCUGAAGGAGACGAACAGCUUCUUCAGAGAGAUGAGACAGAACUACAGCAACGUGUGUACGGCUGGAGACCUCGAGCAGGGUCAGCUCGGCUGCGUCUCCAUCCCGCGUCCCGACGAGGAGUUCCUUCACGGUGUCGUGAGUAGCGCCCCCUACAUCCUGGUCCUCGGACAAGACUGCCCCGCCCGCUACCAGCUCCUCAACUGCCUCCUGGGAGAGAAGCUCCUCCCCCUCGGCUCAGAACUGGGCAGGACCUGUGGGCCGGGGGGCGGGGCUUGUAAAAGGAGGAAGUUGUGUUUCACUCACGGGCGUCAGACGCGACUCAGCCUGGCUCUCCCGGGGCAGUACGAGCUCGUGCACCAGUUAGCGGCUAACUGCAGCCGCUGGGACACCGUCCCCCUGCAGGACCUGGAGAUCCAGGACGAGUGUGAGGAUCCGGCGCACCGAUUGGCCGAGCUCGAGAUCACGCUACAUCAAUCGCUGCUGCAGGAGACUAGGAUCAUGGUGGUGCCGUGUGCAGGAGUGCAGCCCAUUAAGGAGGCUCUGGAGGACUGCAUGCAAAACACAAUUCCCAUAAUUCUCUAUGCUCUGAAUCAGGACUCCGUUAGCCCAGACCAGACGGCCGAGCUCCUAAAGGUCCGCGACCUGCUUCCGUUUCCCAUCUGCUUCGUCCGGGUCCCCAGUAUUCCCAGUAUUCCUGCCUCUCAGGUGGAAUCUGGCGCUCUCCAGAAGCAGCUCCUUUCCCUGGGCCUCCUCCCGGACGGACAGGGAAACUGUUCCUGCGGCGCUCCGUCCCAAACGCACGGCUCCUCCGGGAAACCUCACAGCGUCCUCGGAGAGAAUUUGGACCGCCUUCAUCGACUCCUCGUCCACUUCACCCGGCAGGUGUUCACCAGUCAGCUGGUGGAGGCGGCGAACCGACUGAACGCACUCCACUGCACCUGCCUCGACCUCUUCAUCAACCAGGCGUUCGACAUGCAGAGAGAUCUUCAGAUCACGCCCCGGAGGCUGGAGUACACCCGGGAGAAGGAGGCGGAGCUCUUCACCUCCCUCAUGGCCAUCGCCAACCGCAAGCAGGAGGAGAUGAAGGAGAUGAUCGUGGAGACGCUGAGCACCAUGAAGGAGCAGCUGCUGGAGGAUGCGGCCAACCUCGAGUUCACAGACAUCAUUGUGAGCUCUAACGGAGACGCAGUGAGCAGUAAGGACAUCAAGUCGUGUAUCCAGCAGAUCCAGGAGCUGAUCGUUGUGCGUCUGAAUCAAGCCGUCGCUAAUAAACUCACCAGCUCCGUGGAUUAUUUACGCGAGAGUUUUGUGGGAACGCUGGAGCGCUGCCUGAGCAGCCUGGAGAAAUCCAACAUGGAUGCCCAUAAUAUCACUUCCAACCACCUCAAACAGAUCCUGAACGCUGCCUAUCAUGUGGAGGUGACAUUUCACUCCGGAUCGUCUGUUACACGCCUCUUCUGGGAGCAGAUCAAACGGAUAAUCCAGAGGUUGUCGUGGGUGAACCCUCCCUCCAUCACGCCGGAGUGGAAGAGGAAAGUAGCUCAGGACGCCAUCGAGAGUCUGAGCGCCGCCAAACUGGCCAAGAGCAUCUGCUCCCAGUUCCGCACUCGACUCAACAGCUCUCACGACGCCUUCGCUGCCUCGCUCAAACAGUUGGAGGAGGGUCAUACGGACCGUCUGGGUCGGACGGAGGAUCUGUGGGUGCGUGUGAGGAAAGAACACGCCCCCCGACUCGCACGCCUCUCACUGGAGAGUCGCUCACUCAUAGAUACACUACUGUACGGGAAGCCGAAGCUGGGGCGGGAGUUGGGCAGGGGGCAGUAUGGAGUGGUGUAUUUGUGUGACAGUUGGGGAGGACAUAACCCCUGCGCCCUGAAGUCAGUGGUGCCUCCCGACGACAAACACUGGAACGACCUUGCACUCGAGUUCCACUACACACGGUCUUUACCUAAGCAUGAGCGGAUGGUGGAUCUUCACGGUUCUGUGAUUGAUCACACGUACGGCGGAGGCUCGAGCAUCGCAGUGCUGCUCAUCAUGGAGAGACUGCACCGAGACCUGUACACGGGCCUCAAAGCCGGUCUCUCUCUGAAGGAGCGUCUGCAGAUUGCGCUGGAUGUGGUGGAGGGGAUUCGCUUCCUGCACAGUCAGGGGCUCGUACACAGAGACAUCAAACUGAAAAACGUGCUGCUGGACAAACAGAACCGGGCCAAAAUCACAGACCUUGGGUUCUGCAAACCUGAAGCCAUGAUGUCAGGCAGCAUCGUAGGAACACCGAUACACAUGGCACCGGAACUGUUCACAGGAAAGUAUGAUCACUCAGUGGACGUGUACGCGUUCGGGAUCUUGUUCUGGUAUCUGUGCAGCGGAUCUGUUAAACUACCUGAAGCUUUUGAGAAAUGUUCCAGUAAAGACCAGCUGUGGACCAACGUCAAGAAAGGUUCUCGUCCUGAGCGUUUGUCCAGUUUUGAUGAAGAGUGCUGGCAGCUGAUGGAGGCGUGCUGGAACGGAGAUCCGUCUCAGAGGCCGCUGCUGGGAAUCGUACAGCCGAGCCUGCAAAGCAUCAUGGGACGUCUGUGUGACGGCGCUGACCAGAGAAACGCCAGCCUAGAAGACUCUACCUAACACACACACCCACACACUCUGCAAAACCCUCCGACACACUCCACAAAACACGUCCACACAGUUCAAAACACUCUGACUCAAACACACACACACACACACACACACACACACACACACACACACAGCGACACACUCCCAUGAGAACGCGAUCAACUGACGACGAUGUAAAAAGACAGAGGAGGUAUAUCAUUUGUUUUUGUAUUUCCAGAAGAUUCCGGUGAUUUGAGACACACACACACACACACACACACACACACACACACACACACACAUACACACUCUUCCAUUCUGAGGCCAACACACUAUUUAUGAUCGGAUGAUCUGAGCAAUACAAGUUUAAAAACUGUUUUUCUUUGUGUUUAAUGUAUAUUUAUAUAAAGUCCUAUUACACACACACUGUUCUUCUCGUCAUGCAUGCUAAUUGCUGCUUUGUCAUAGGAUUGUUACUAGAUCUGAGAAUUUUUAAGACUAGUGUGAUUAUCUUGCCGUAUUAUACAACAACGAGAAAAAAAGACUUUAAUUUUAGCUGGUGUUUAAACUUGCUAUCUGAACACUUUUUUUUAAUAAAAAGGUUUUGUCGAGCUA